AUGGCGCGAGCAAGGCAGCUGCUCGCGUGCUCAUCUUUCUUCCCUCAUGUCUCGUUGUUCGUCAUUCGUCUAUCUCACAACCUGUUUCUUCACCCAUCCUUGUGUUUUACCGCGUCAGUGCCACAAGCGACAAGCGAUCAACGCUAUUCACAACAACAACAACAACAACAACAACAACAACAACAACAACAACAACAACAACAACAACAACAACAACAACAACAACAACAACAACAAUAA